CUCUUGGGCAUCAUCAGGUAGCAGCAGGACAGGCAGACCUGGCAGAGGAGCGAUGCCCUCCUAGGCGCCGCCGCGGGAUGGAGCGCUUCAAGGACUCAGGGACACAGACCGACGCGGUGGUGGUGCUCUCGCUGGCUCAGGCUGCCGUCCUGGGUCUGGUCUCCGAGAAUGAGCUCUUCGGGGCAACCAUAAGCGCCGAGGCCUUCUACCCUGACCUGGGACCCGAGCUGUCCGGGACCACCACGGGGGACCCCGGGCCACCGGGCCCUGACAUCUACCAGCUGGCGUGCAACGGGCGCGCGCUGGAGGAGCCGGUGGAGGAGGAGGUGCUGGAGGUGGAGGCCGCCUUCGAGAAGCACACGCGGCGGAAGACGCGGCCGCCCGUGCGCCUGGUGCCCAAGGUGAAGUUCGAGAAGGUGGAGGAGGACGAGGAGCAGGAGGUGUACGAGGUGUCGGUGCCUGGGGUGGACAAGGACGGGGGUGCGGCGGCCGAGGCGGUGGCCGAGGCAGCGGCGGGCGAGGCGCUGGUGCAGAGCAGCGCGGUGCGGAUGAUGGACCUGAGCGCCUUGCCGGCCGAGUGCGGGUUCCCACCGGCCCAUCUGGCCCCGCUGGGCGACCCCGAGGUCCCCGCCCUGGCGUCCCCCGAGCCCGGGAAGCCAGAGUCCGGCUUCGUGUGGCAGGAGGCCGGGGAGUUCGAGGCGGAUGCGGCUGGCUCGACGGCCGAGCGGCACAAGAAGGCGCAGCUGGACCGGCUGGACAUCAACGUGCAGAUCGACGACAGCUACCUGGUGGAGGCGGGCGACCGGCAGAAGCGCUGGCAGUGCCGCAUGUGCGAGAAGUCGUACACGUCCAAGUACAACCUGGUCACGCACAUCCUGGGCCACAACGGCAUCAAGCCGCACUCCUGCCCGCACUGCAGCAAGCUCUUCAAGCAGCCCAGCCACCUGCAGACGCACCUGCUCACGCACCAGGGCACGCGGCCGCACAAGUGCCAGGUGUGCCACAAGGCCUUCACGCAGACCAGCCACCUCAAGCGCCACAUGCUGCUGCACUCGGAGGUGAAGCCCUACAGCUGCCACUUCUGCGGCCGCGGCUUCGCCUACCCCAGCGAGCUCAAGGCCCACGAGGUGAAGCACGAGAGCGGCCGCUGCCACGUGUGCGUGGAGUGCGGCUUGGACUUCUCCACCCUCACCCAGCUUAAGCGCCACCUGGGCUCACACCAGGGCCCCACGCUGUACCAGUGCCUCGAGUGUGACAAGUCCUUCCACUACCGCAGCCAGCUGCAAAACCACGUGCUCAAGCACCAGAACGUGCGGCCCUUCGUGUGCACCGAGUGCGGCAUGGAGUUCAGCCAGGUGCACCAUCUCAAGCAGCACUCCCUCACCCACAAGGGUGUGAAGGAGUUCAAGUGUGAGGUGUGCGGCCGCGAGUUCACGCUGCAGGCCAACAUGAAGCGUCACAUGCUGAUUCACACCAGCGUCCGGCCCUACCAGUGCCACAUCUGCUUCAAGACCUUCGUGCAGAAGCAGACCCUCAAGACACACAUGAUUGUACACUCGCCUGUGAAGCCAUUCAAGUGCAAGGUGUGCGGGAAGUCCUUCAACCGCAUGUACAACCUGCUUGGCCACAUGCACCUGCACGCUGGCAGCAAGCCCUUCAAGUGCCCCUACUGCUCCAGCAAGUUCAACCUCAAGGGCAACCUGAGCCGGCACAUGAAGGUGAAGCACGGCGUCAUGGACCUCGGCCUGGACAGCCAAGACCCCAUGAUGGAGCUGGCGGGCCCCGACCCCUCUGAACUGGACAGCCAGCAGGAGAUGGAGGACUUCGAGGACGGUGGCUACACCUUCACGGGCGUGGACGGCGGCGCGGAGGCCAGCGCCCUCACCGAGCAGGCCAUGAAGGAGAUGGCCUACUACAAUGUGCUAUAGCAGGCGGAGGGCCAGGCCAGGGGGGGAGGCCCCGGGGCGGGGGGCGGCCCACGGGCCCCGCCCCAGAGCACAAGCUACUGCCCCGCGCCCCCUGCCCUCCCUCCGAGCCAUGCGCCCCUCGGGACCUUCAGACCAAAUGGAGACUGUACUACUGGCCUCGGCCUGGCGAGGAAGGGGACCGGAGGCCGGGGCUGGUCUCCCAGGCCUGCUGCUGUGGGUGGGUGGGGACAUGCUGGCGGGGCCCGAGGGUCCUGACCGCUGAGCCAAGCCUUGCUUCUCCCCCUCUAGGGGAUCUGAGCUCCCGUGCUGGCCAGCACUGCCCCUUCCCCACCCGUCACUGAACUGCCAGGCGGGGCACUGCCGUCUACCUCCUGGGCCUGCCCAGCCCCCCCUCCACCCCCCUCAGCCAGCCUCCUUCCCAUCAGCCCCUGCCCCUGCCCGGCCACCAUGUUGGGGUAGUUAAGUGUCCCAUCACCCUGUGCCAUCCUGUAUGGGAUGCCACAGUGUCCCCCACCCGAGGAGAUCUGGAGACACUCGCGGGGACCCCCCCCAGGGCGGUGACAGGGUGAGGCAUCUCUGGGGACCCACGGGGCAUCCUCAGGGGAGGCCAAGGACACCUGCCGGGGAAGGGACCACGCAGCUUCUUACAAGCAUGCAGGUGCCCAGCAUGGGCCCGUCUCCAGCGCCCGGAAAAGGCGGCACGCUUAAAGAGGAGGACCACAGAAGGGAAACUAAAGAAUUUUUUAGCGAAUGGGGGUAUUUUGAAGAUAAUUUAUUUCCUUUCUAAAUCAGUUGUCAUUUGUUCCCUUCCCUGUACCCCCCCCCAUUUUU